AAAUCUAUACUAAUAAAUCAAUCUAUUAGAUUUUAAUUGAAUUUGAUUUUAUUAUAUUUCAUUUAUCCGAAUUAAUCUGAUUGGAUUUUUUGGAAACAAAUUAUCAUGCGAAAAAAAGGAUAUAGUGAACAAAUCCAGACGAUCAAUAAAUUGAUCUGGUUUGUCACUAUUAUAUCAUUUCAGCUAAUUAUUCCAUGUUGGACGGAUGAAGAACCGAAUAUUGAUUCAUCAGGUUGGAUUGUUGCCGAUGCAACAAAGAAUGAUUGGCCACUUGUAGAUAGUGUUGGUGAAUUCUAUAUUUACAACAAGUUAUCUGACAAUGAUGAAUUAACGCUGAAUACAAAUUUAAUGCCAUUUGAUGAAAAACAAUCAAAUUGUUCCAUUUCAUUUAAUUAUUGGAAACCUGACAAUGAUUUUCGUUGGCAAUAUAAAGGAAAUUCAAAUGAAAAACGUAUUGAAUUAGAAAAUAGAACUGAAUUCUCUGCAACAAAAUGGGAAAGAUUAUCAGCCGAUCAAUGGAAAAAUCUCAUAUUACUUGCAAAGGAUACAAAGGCAAAAAUAUUUUUUAAAGAUAUUGAUGUUAUUUAUAAACAAAAAAUUGAUUUCCCAAAAAAGGAUCAUCAAAAUCCAAAUAAUAAUUUCCAAAAUUUGGAAGAUGGAUUCAAAAAAAUUGACGAAAACAGUUUCGAAUAUGAGGGAUCAGUUAAUAAAUCAACAUUACAUCAUAUAAUAUCGAACAAUGAUUUUGGCACGACAUGUAUACAAAUAAAACCUGCUGAUCAAAAAAAAAAUCUUUCAAAACACAAGGUAAAAAUCAGCAUCACAUUUAACCAGGAAACCGAUGCAGUUGAACUUCCUCUUAUAAUACCUGAAUUUUGUUUGGGAGAUUAUUUGGCAUUACAUCCUAAUGGGCCAACUAUGAUCACUAUCAAUGUUGAACCUGACGAAAAUAACUUUACAGUGGAUUUUUCAGCAGAUGGAAAUCAAAAUAUUAAACCGAAAGUACCAGAAAACAAAAUCGAUGAUAAUUGGAUAUUCAAUCAUCCAUUGUUUGAUUAUAACAUAAAGUUGAUGAAACCCGAUGAUACAAUUGAAUUUUUUGCCUGUGAUGUAAUGGCAAAUUGUUUUCCAUACGUUACCAAAGAUGAACUUUUUUAUGAACUAGAAUCAUUCAGUCGAAAUGCAUUAAGUCAUUCACCAAUUAUCAAAAGAUAUGCUACAAAAACACCUGUUUAUGAAAAAGAGACAGAGACGACAGAAGAAAAAACUCUGAAAAACAUCAAAAAAACAAUGGAACCUAAUAAUGCAGAUAUCAAUGGACAUGAAAUGACAAUUCAUGAAGUGAAUGAAACACUUAUCGUUCCAUACAUUGAUCUUCGCGCAUAUUCUGCAUCACUAUUGCCUUCAUCUGAAGAUGACUCAAUUAUUUUGAAAAAUGUCACGAUUCUUAAGGGAAAAGAAAACGUUGGUACAAUUCAAUUCAAUUCAGAUUUAUAUUACUUAAAUGGAUUCUCAGAUCUUUUGAAACCUCGAAUGUCCGAUUUAUUCAAAGAUUAUUGGCUAGAAUUUAAGUUCGAACCAUCGAAGAAUUUCAAAGACUUGAACUUAACAUUGGGAGAUCCAUCAUCAACAAUAAAAAAAACUUCCAACCAAGAGAUUAAAAAUAUUGUGGGUUUCAGCGAAUGGGUAGAAGAAGCACCAUAUGAAAACAAAGAAAAAGACCUAUCUUUAAAAAUCGAAUCAGAAUCAACGAAUUGUGAUGAAUCAUUUGUUGCCACAAUUCAAAUUAUUUUUUAUAAUGGAAAAAUUUUGGAACAAUCACCAAUCCCUUUUAAAAAAACUGAAAAAUCUUGCAACUAUGUUAGUGAUUUAAAAAAAGAAAAAAUUAUUGGUCCAUUCAAAAUUUUCUAUAAAUUCGAAAAUCCUACUCAUGAUAAAAAACUGUGUGUUUUAUCUAUAGACAAAAAAGGAUUUGAUAAAGAGCCUGUUUCACCUAAUAGCCCAACGUAUUUUUGGUUCAAUAAAAAAUUGGACAAUUUAUAUGAUUGUCCAGUAAAUUUUGAAUUCGAUAAAAGCACUAAUCGUUGUUGGUUACAAACUAUUUAUCAUGAUGUACAUGUUAAUUGUAAUUCAACAGUUGGCUGUUCCAACAUUUUGGAUAGAAAAUUAUUCAGAAUGGAUUUAUAUCGAACUGAAGAUGGAACAUUCAAAUCAAGUAAUGAAAUUUUAAAAAUCAAUGAUUUUUGCAUUUCAUUCAACUAUUUUGGAAAUGGAAAUCGAAUUUUUAUUAGCCAUGAUCAAUCCAAUUCAUUAUAUUCACCAUUAUGGUUUAAUUCGAAAAUCAAACCCGAACAUCAAAACAUUUUUAGUUCGUCGCAAAAUUUGCCAUCAUUUAUUUGCGCUAGUCACUUAUCAGCAAAUCCUGAAGAAGUAAAAACAAUAUUUGUAUGGUUUGAACAAUCGGAACAGGAUGAAGGCUUAAAAUAUAUUGCUGAUUUUAAAGCUAAUUAUCAAAAUUGGAAGGCAAAUCUUAAUUCGUUUAAUCUUGAUGAUCUGAAAAAUGAUUACUUCAUUCCACACGAAAAUAUCAUACAAAUUGAUGAUAAUUCACUUAAACUUUUGUUAUCACCAACUGAUGUUAACGGAGCAAGCAAUUAUGAAAUUAAAUUGACAAGUCAAUUCAUUUAUCUAAAUCAACUCACCAGUGCCGAUACAUUCGACAUUGAUUUAGCUUUCCGUAGUAUUGCCGGUAAUUUGACCCAGAAUGGUGGUGAUGUUUUUAUUGAAUUCCGACCGUUUUCUGAAGACCCGAAACGAAUUUCAAUUGCGGAAUUUAAAGAAAACGAAGUAAAAUCCAUCAUUUAUAAAAGAAUGAAUCAACAUGUUGAUAAAUUUCAGUUACAAUUUGUUUUCAAAAUGGACAAAUCGAAACAGAAAACUGAUCUUCAAUUUACUUUAAAUGGAAUUGCUUUAAAUGAUCCAUGCAUUGACAAAAAUAUCAAUAAUAUAUUUUGCAAUCAAAGAAAAGGAUUGGGGGAAUGUAAACGAUUUUUUGCUCCUCAACCAUUUCAUCGCUGCAGAUGCGUGAAUUAUACUUCGGGCAAUGAAUGUGAACAGAUUGAUUAUUGUAUGCGUGACCAGGGCAGCGAAUACUGUAUUCACAAUAACCUAGGACUUUGUAAGAAUUCAGAAGCGGACUAUGAAUGCAGUUGCCAACCUGGCCAACGAUGGGUUCGUUCUAUGAGAUGGUGUUUGGCUCCAUUUGAAAAAGAUUGCCCAGAGAAUGAACAUUUGGCAUACACCCAUGAGAACAGAUCAACCUGUAUGUGUGAUGAAAAUUUUGUUCGUAUCAAUAAUUCUUGUGUCAAAUAUGAUAUCUGUGAUCCAAAUCAUCGACAAGAAAGAGGCGAAAAACCGAUAAAACCAUGUACAGAUGACUUAGCUAAUUGUCAACGAAUUUCGAAUCAACAAUAUCAUUGUAUUUGUCCAUCGAAUCUUUACAAUGUGGAAGGAAUUUUUAAUUCUAAGGCUCAAUGUAGUGAUCGUUUUUGUGAUCUAAACAUGGAAUGUGACCAAAAAUGUAAUUUCACCAAGACUACUGGCCAACACAAUUGUACUUGCUUUAACGAUCUAUACGAAAUGGAUUCAGAUAAUAAAUGCCAAAUCAAAAGCAAAUUUGAGAAAAAACUUUCCAAAUGUUUGCCAGAUGAUUCAAAAAUAUUGAAAAAGUUUGAAAUGCCAUACAUUGAUAAAAAUGAUAAAUGUAAUUGUAAACUUGGUUAUAAUUACAGUGAAACAAGUAAAAAAUGCGUAGGAAACGAUCACGAUGAAAUUCAUGAAAAACUUGGUUGCAAAAGUUUUAGCUUGGAUGAUGAUGGUAAAUUUGAAUGUCAAUGUCCGGAGGGCCAACAAUUUGAUCAUCAAUAUGGCAAAUGUCGAUGGAAUCCAUGUCCACCUAAUAUGAUUAAAUAUGCUAGUAACCAAAGUGAUAAAAAUAAUUUUAAAUGUAUUUCUCCUUGUGAUUCGAAACUGGUUCGAAGUUGUUCAGCAUCUGGUGGGCCAUUCUAUGAAUGCAAUUCCACAAAGGCAAAACAAUCUUUGGAAUUUCACAAUGGGAAAUGGAGAAUAGACGAACCAUUUGUUCAAGGAUUUCAUAAAAAAAUUAGUGAUACAUCAAAAUAUUGUCAAUGCAUUUUUGGAUUACAUACGAAUUCAGAUGGACAAUGUGUACCUGAUACUGACAAUCAUUAUUAUACAAUCGUAAUGGAUUUCAAAAAACUCACUAGCAAAAAUCUUACUGAACACUAUUUCCACGAAAUUCUGGAAAAUUUGUUUGAUGAAAAAAAAUUGAAAUUUUAUGAUAUCACCUGUACGGAAAAUGAAGACGAUUCUUUAAAAUGUGCAGCCACAUUAUUAAUUCCAGCAAAUAUUGAUAUAAAGCUAGAUGAAAUCACAGGAAAGUUGAAAAGUUAUUGUAUUAGUAAGGAUCAAUUAUUCUUGAAUUCAUCUAAUGAUUCAUGUGUGUAUUUAUGGAAAAAAACAAAAAAUGAGGGAUAUCAAAUCACAAUUGAACGAAAAAUUAAUUCUAUAAUAUCUAUAGAUUCAUAUGAUAUUUGUCAAUCAAAACCGUGCGCUUUGUUUCCCAAUUCAAAUUGUAAAUCUUCAAAGGAUUCAUUUGAUUUUGAUUGUAAAUGUAGUGAUUACUAUAAACGUGAUGAAGAUUUUCCAACACCAUCGAUGGAUAAAUAUCAUGCAUGCAAAUUGAAAUCAUGUCAAGAUCUAGAAUAUCACUGUCAGGAUUCUAAAGCAAAAUGUUUAAUGUUGGAUGGCCAAAAUCCAAAUGAUAUUGAACAGAUACUACAAGCAAAACUUACAUUCGAUUCAUCAAUUAUUUUCAACAAUAAUGGUGAUCAACAAUCCCCAAUGCCAUUCUGUCUUUGCAGUAAUGGCUAUUUACUUAAUAAAUUGAAUUCAUCAUGCGAUGAUCAUUGUCAAAAACAAUGUAAUAACGGUGAUUGUUUUUAUACGAUGUCACAAAAACAAGAAACAUGUAUUUGUAACGAUGAAUGGAUGGGUGAACAAUGUGAUGUUAAAAAAUCUGAUGUUAAAAAAUCUGAUGAUGAUAAUAAUAAUAAUGGUUAUAAAGUAUCGACUAUCAUAUUGGCCAUUCUAACGGCAUUGUUAAUCAUAGGUGUUAUAUUUUUAUUUAUGCGUUCACGACGAUCAUAAUACACUAUAGUUGGAUACAGCCAUCAACAUCACGAAUGAUAACGAACUUAGAAUUGGAAGGAAAUCAUCAUCCCGUUUCUGACAAAUUUAAUGUUCGAAUUUUACGUGUCUCCAAAUCCAUUGAAUUCGAUG